UACUGGUACCGUCGAAGCAAAAUGGAGAAAGAUGGUGACGGUGGAUUUAAAUUCACUUGGUGUAUUGAAAAUUUCAGCAUGUGUCAUCAGCCAAACGGCCAGUGUCUUCGUAGUUCCAGGUUUACCCUAAAUACAUUACCUAAUAUAAAGUGUUGUAUAAAAUUAUACCCGCGAGGAAUUUCUGAUCGCGAUUACAUAGAUGUUAUUAUUAACUUAGAUGGUGAUGUUCCCGAGAAAUGUGCUAUUCAAAGUCGCAUUCAAGGUCUGACUUGCACCGGAAUACUUAUCUUUACUUAUGAUGAAAUGAUAAACUACUUUUCUGUCGAGAGACAACGUCUUUUAGAUAUGCUGAUAGAAGAUGUUCUGGUCGUGAAGUGUACCCUGGAAGCAGUGUAUGAGACAAACGACGAAUUUCCCCAACUCUCUUACCAAAAUGGAUUAUUCCCGGAUCUCGUGCUCCGUGCCGGCGAUCAUAUUUUCAAUGUGCAUAAAUCUGUCUUGUUGGCAAGGUGGCCCAAACUAGUAGAAAAGUUCGAUGCAGAAGCAACAUGCGAGGUGUUCUUGGACAUCAGACCUACCAUUUUGGAGGCCAUGAUCGAAUAUGUUUACACUGGGAAACUGAACUUCAAGGAACAAGAAUUAUUGGCAGAAGUCUAUGCAGCUGCCGCUAAGUAUAAUCUCACCAGUAUUGAACGUUCGCCUGUUGUGGAACAAGAAGUGUGGAGCCAUUUUAACGGAGAGGAAGUAUCAUUUGAUUGGAUAAUUGAGGAUUUCAUCACUUUCCCUGUUAGUACAAUACUACACAGUCGUGUAUUUUCUGUCGCUCUACAGAGGUCCUGUACAUGGCACCUAAUCCUUCAUAUCCGUGAAAUAACGGAUGAUUCUCGAAUUUUUGAUAUUUACCUUUGUAAGGUACAUGAUAGUGCGUCGAGGCCGAUUUUUGUUAGAAGUAAAAUAAGCCUCACCAGACAUUCUUUAGAAAAUGAGUAUUUGUUUUCUGCAGACGAGUGCUGGAGAUGCGCAGAGCAGUUGCUAUUGAUUUCGAAAAGAUUAUUCUUAGGUUGCAUAUUCGAGCUUAAAUGCGAGUUUAAGUUUUCGGAUUGCAAAUAUAUUUCAGAGGUUACAAAGACUUCUUGUGCUUUUCCAUCUUCAGUUAAUUGCCUUUAUUUCAAAAGUGAUUUACGAAAUCUUUAUAGAAGUGGAAAUUUAUCAGAUAUUAAUAUAACAGUUGGUUCGAAAACAUUCUGGGCCCAUAAAUACAUUCUGUGCUCGAGAUCAUCAGUAUUUCGUAAAAUGUUCGAAACAUCAGAGAUCACGCCGAAAAUGGAUACAGUUACAGUUUCGGAUAUAGAUCCCGAUAUAAUGGAUGAAAUACUUCUAUUUAUGUAUUCUGGUUGUCUAGAGAAACCCCUAAAAGAAACUGUUGAACAGCUGUACAUAGCAGCCUAUAGGUUCGAUGUUUCUACUCUCAAAGAAAAGUGCUCCUCCUUCCUUAAAGCGAAUCUUAAUGCCGAAAAUGCGGGUAAGAUUCUUCAGCUAGCCGAGGAGCAUUCUGAUUGUGAUUUGCAAAAAUGUGCGCUCAGAGUUACCUUUGGUUAUGGAAAGAAAUCUGCGAAUAGGAAAAAACGUACAGGACGUAAGCGUUAGAGAAACUGUAAGAGAAUGUGGUAUUUUGUAGCAGAGAUAAAAAAAUUAAUGCCAAAUUCCAUGCCUACAUUCAAGAUUAAAUUUUAAAUAGCUUUUGUAAUAUAAUCAUAUUUUUUUAUUUGGUAGUAACGAUGAUUUGUGUUUUAAUAGUACAUAUCGUAUAAUUUUGAAUUAAAGUGUGCCUCGGAUA